CACUCCAGCCACCCUUCACUCCUCUCCCAACACCAUGUGCUCCACUGGAUGCUGUUCCACGGGAUGCUGCUCUGUCGUGAAGAGCAAGACAGUGUGCUGCACCCCCUGCAAGACCGUGUGCUGCAGCCCUUGCAAGACCACCGUGUGCUGCUCCCCGUGCCAGCAAUCCUGCUGCUGCGACCCCUGCCAGAAGCCCUGCUGUGACCCGUGCCAGUCCUGCUGUGACCCAUGCCAGAAGCCCUGCUGUGACCCGUGCCAGUCCUGCUGUGACCCCUGCCAGAAGCCUUGCUGUGACCCAUGCCAGUCCUGCUGUGACCCGUGCCAGAAGCCUUGUUGUGACCCGUGCCAGUCCUGCUGUGACCCGUGCCAGAAGCCUUGUUGUGACCCGUGCCAGUCCUGCUGUGACCCGUGCCAGAAGCCUUGCUGUGACCCAUGCCAGUCCUGCUGUGACCCGUGCCAGAAGCCUUGUUGUGACCCAUGCCAGUCCUGCUGUGACCCGUGCCAGAAGCCUUGCUGUGACCCGUGCCAGAAGCCGUGCUGCGACCCUUGCCAGUCCUGCUGUGACCCAUGCCAGAAGCCUUGCUGUGAGCCAUGCCAGACUUCUGUGUGCUGCACCAAGGUGUGCCAGAAGUCCGUGUGCUGUGUCCCACGGCCCUGCUGCUGCCCCUGCGGGUCCCUGUCCUGCUGCUCCUGCGUGGUGAAGAAGCCCGUGGUGGUUUGCUGCACCCCCGUGAGGAAGUACUGCACCCCCUGCAUCCCCAUCCAGCAGUGCUGUGCCAGCCUCAGGAAGACCUGCUGAGCUCCGAGAAUGGGCACAAGGCGGUGAAAAGCUGCUCGUCCCUUCUGGUUCUCAUGGUGAUGGAGCCAAUUCAUAGCGAUUUUCUUCUUCUUUCCAAGCUUAAGCUGCUGCUUCUUUCUGUCCUUUAGUUAUCGCUGUCUUUAAUUAUUGACUGUCUUGAGUACACCUGAAUUUACCACCCAUUGUAGAAGGCAUGAGAUAUUAGUGGGGUGUUAAUUCUCCUCUUG